GGUAUAUUCCCAGCUGGAUUAGGGGCAGACAAUUCGAGUCUCUUUUGACAAGUCAGCCUUCUGGGGGAAAAGGACCAUUCUAUAGAUUUUGUUAAAAACCUGUAGUUUAAAGAAUAACAUAUAUACAGUGAUUAGGUUAGCCAUCAAAACUUACAAUCCAAAAAGAUACAGAACAAGAGACAGCACAUCAAAUACAAGUUUAUCUGGAGUAGCAAACAAAAAGCGAUGGAGCUGUCGGAUAUCCCUUUUCCAAUCACCUCUGCAGAUGACUUUUACGACGACCCCUGCUUCAACACAAGCGACAUGCACUUCUUCGAAGACCUGGACCCAAGGCUGGUUCACGUGGGCCUACUGAAGGCUGACGAUCACCAUCACAACGAAGACGAACACAUCCGCGCUCCAAGCGGGCACCACCAAGCGGGUAGGUGUCUCCUCUGGGCAUGCAAAGCCUGCAAAAGGAAAACCACCAACGCUGACCGCCGAAAAGCUGCCACUAUGCGGGAGAGAAGGCGGCUCAGCAAAGUCAACGAUGCUUUUGAAACCCUGAAACGGUGCACAUCCACGAACCCCAACCAGAGGCUGCCCAAAGUGGAGAUUCUGAGAAAUGCCAUCAGCUACAUCGAGUCCCUGCAGUCCCUGCUCAGAGGGCAGGACGAGAACUACUACCCGGUGCUGGAGCACUACAGCGGGGACUCGGACGCGUCCAGCCCACGGUCCAAUUGCUCAGAUGGAAUGAUGGACUUUAAUGGCCCAACAUGCACGUCAAGGAGAAGGAACAGCUACGACAGCACCUACGUUAACGAAACGCCAAAUGAUUCCAGAUGUAACAAGAGUUCAAUCAUUUCCAGCCUGGAUUGCCUGUCCAGCAUCGUGGAGCGAAUUUCGACAGACACCUCCACCUGCCCCGCAUUACAAAUCCAGGAGAGUUCCGAAGGCAGCCCGUGCUCUCCUCAAGACGGAUCCGUCCUGAGCGACCCGGGAGCAACUGUCCCGUCCCCGACCAACUGUUCCCAGCCCCCUCAUGAUCCAAAUCCCAUCUAUCAGGUGUUAUGAAGUGUCCGGGCGGUUCACAAAAAGAAGACACUCGAACUAACAAACAUUCUUGAAUACAGAAAUAUUUCUUUAAAAAAUGAAAAAGGAAACAUGGACUGGGUUACAGAGUUGCUGACUAAAAAGAAGAAACUGCUUAGUUUCCAUUAUUUUUUUCCAACAAUAGAACGGUUUCCAAUUCCCUAAAGGCAAAGUAUCCCGAUUCAAGCCAUGUAAACUUGUCUAUCCCACACAACGUGUAAAAUUUGUAGAUCCAUGUUAUUUAUGUUAUGUAUUUCUGUGUUUCGUGAUUAUAACAACUUUGGGUGACCGGUAUCAUGCUAUUUGACUUGGCUAGACACGGGUUUCCAAAUAUGACGUAUAAGAAAACCGAAAGAGCAUUAUUUCUGUGCCUUACACAUUGUUCAGUAUAUUCUAUUGGUGGUGGUUAAGGAUAAAAAGCCAAA